CAGAAGUGCUGCGCACAAUGUGUUACAUCAUAACUGAGCCGAUAAGACAUCAUCUAUCCUGCUUGUUUUGUCGCCGGCGUCUGAUGGUCGCGCGUCGAGAUAUAAUGGCGUCCAAGGCAUCUCGGAAACAAAAGAAAAUCCUGCGCUAUGUGGAGGAAGGCAGCCUCUUGAAGCUCAAGUCGUACCUGCGUAAGCACAAACACGUCGACCUCAACUUCUCCACGGGACGUAAAGGCCGCAGCCUCCUGCAUUUAGCCUGUUCUCUGGGCGACGACGCAGUCUUGAUGCUACUGAUUAAAAGGGGCGCCGAUCCACUGAGCAGAGACCAGAGGGGUGACACCCCAUUACACGUGGCUGCAAACAGGGCACUGCGGCAUGGCAAGAGAGAUUAUGAUGAUUUUGUUGUUCCUCUGAAGAAAAUCUGCCCAGCAGCCAUGGAGACCCCCAAUCUUGCUGGAGUAACACCUCAGGAUAUUUUGCAGUGGAUGCAGGCAGACCAGACAUUAACCUUAAACGGAGAAAAACUCCCAGGCAGGGAUCCUGAAAGAGAGUGGCGUGAGAAACUUUUGGGAGAGUGCGAGGAAGAACUUUUUGAGACCUUUGGGCAGUAUGACCGUGAUUUUUCACAGGACUAUCCUGAACCGGAGACCUUUGAUCAGUGGGCCAACAGAAUAAGGCAAGAAUAUGGCCACAAGCGGGCAGAAAGCAAAAAGAGCACAUGGCAGUCUGGCUCCGGAAAGCGAGCCGGCUCCAGUAAAAUGGAGACGGACGCAGAGUUGCAAAGUCGGAGGGCAUUUCAGGCAAAGCUGGAAGCCGAUCACAUGGCUUAUUUAGCUCUUGCGACAAGAAAAGAAACAGAGUUACUGCAAAGCAGGAAGGAGCGAUACCAGGAGAAGUGUGCUGCCUCAUUCCAAGGAGAUUCGAAUUCUACGCUCGGGUACACAGAUAUUCCUUGGCCUUCUCCUCGUGGAUCUGUUCAGGAGAUGGUGAAUGUGAUCAUUUAUGGAGUGAAUCGAGAAGAUAAGGCCGCUUUUCGGAAAUUCCUUAGGCUACAGCAGGCUCUCUGGCACCCAGACAAGUUUAUCCAGCGGUGUGGUUCACGACUGAAGGAAGAAGAGCGGACGCAAAUCCUGAACACUGUGACAGCCCUCUCGCAGGAGCUAAACAGACUCGCCGAAAGCUCCAAGUGAUCCCAGGGCUGGGCCUGCAAUAUCGAUGUGCUCUUUGUUUCCUUAGUCUUGAAGGAAAUUUAACAGACUGUUAAACUGGGCAAUAUUUAUAGUAAUUGCAACUUAUCUCUGUUAAUUAGUUGUUUGCCCA